CUGUACUGAGGUAAAAGUACAGUCCUGCUCUGACAGUGGUACUGAGGUCACAGUAUCUGAGUACAGUCAGAGUAAUCAAGUAUUCAGAGAGAGAACAUCUGUCACUGUGAUUAUUAAAUAUUAUCAAUAGAUUAUUACUGAUGCAUCAACUGUUUGAUCUGCAACUAAUAAUUGAUUUCGUUAUUGAUUAUUCUGAUUAUUUUCAGGAUUAAUUGGUUGGUUGUUUUCUACGACUUCAGAAAAUGGAAACGCUCAUCACAGUUAGUAUGAAGCAGCAGUUUGUUAGUAGCUAUAAUUAAUAGUAAUAAUUAAUGAAGUCUUCUUUAUUCUCUGGCCUCAGUAGAUGUGAGUGGGUUUCAUUUUUGGACAGUUUGACUUUUUAAAUGAUAUUGAAGUAUAUGAAAAUAGAGACAACAUUCUCUGUGGUCAGGAAUUUAAGCUCAUUUUUAAUAUUUGUGUUUCCUGGGACUGAGGGUAACAACAGUGUUUAUUAUAUUUAUGAAUUCUUUGCUGCAGCUGAGAUCAGGUGUAAAUGACGGAGGAGGAGGGUCUGAGUUCUUUUUAUUUCUAAAGAUCUAAAAGAGUUGGUUUUUAAUGAUGAUGUGUUCAGUGUCUCCUGUUUAAUCCAUGUUAACAUGUUUGUAGUCAUACCCAGGUGCAGCAGACAGGGGGCAGCAGUGAGCUGGUUAAAGAUGAUGUUGCAGCAGAACUGACUUUAAUAACAGUUAAGAUGAUUAUUGUUGAGUUAUUAGAUCCAGGAGGACAUUCCUGAGUCUCUCACAUCCUUAUACUACAGGAUAAAACUGAGUCAUACUGAAAAUACUAAAACAGUACCAGCAAAAUGUAGUUACAGUGUUCAGAAAAUGGUUUCUGUGUUAUUUCUAUUUAUAUAUAAAACUCUCACUUUGUUAAACGAAGUUGGUCUAAUCCGUCACAGCAGGACAAACAUUUUAGUUUUCAGCGUCUGUGGCCUGAAACAAACAGUGAUGUUGGUUUGUGUUAAAAACAGGAUGAAAUCUUCUCAUCGACCUUUGUUUUAAAAAGAAAAUUAGACUUCAGUUAAAAGUUAGAAAAGAAAAUCAGCUGUUCGCUGUAUUUGAUGAACUGAAUGUGAAACUCUAACCUCAGGUGGUGAAUAAAGUGUAGAGAAGUAAAGAGUAAAACAUUUCCCACAGAGACAGUCGAGGUACAGACUGACUGAAAUACUCCUCUACUUAAUACUGUACUUAGUUACUCUGCACCACCUCACUGUAUCUCUGAGGUGAGGUUCUGGUGGUUCUCUCCUCCUCCUGCUGCUGCUGGUCCAGGUCCUGGUCCUGGUCCUGGUCCAGCUGAAUGACCCCGCCCUCCCACCGUCGGGACGGAAACACGAGACUCAAACACAACAAGGAACAGCUCAGAGGAAAACACUGCUCCUCCGUCACUUCUCAGAGAAGACGAGAGACUUUGUGCGUCUCCUGGGUGAGUGUGUGAUGUUCACACUGAAAUAAUGAAGCUGAGACUCAGAUGAGCCGGUGUGAAGAGAGAGGGCGAGCAACAUAGACAACCACUGAGAAACAGAGAGAGGGAGAGGGAGCGGGAGCAGCUGGAGGCGACAGAGAGAGCUUCAGUAGUAAAGAGAGAGAGAGAGAGGAGGCAGCAGGACGGAGCAUGAAGGAGCUGCUGAGUUUCUGAAAACACACAAAGGUUGCGAUGGGAAACACAGACAGUCACAGCAGCUUCGUCUCUCCCACCAAGCCCUCCUGCUCGCUCAGGUUCUCCUCCAGGAGGGAGGAGGUGCCGUCAGCUCGCAGCUGGUGGAGGAGCAACCAGGGCGGCUGCAGGAACCGGGGCAGGAACUACUUGAACCAGCACUCCGUUGGGCCUCCAUACACCUCCUGGCAUUAUGAACACGCACCCAAAGCAGCCAGAGGCAGCUCCAGGCUGGGAGCUGGGUCUCCUCAGAGGUACAGCAGAGGAGACUGCAGGAGUCAGUUUGGAUACUCAGAGAGCGGCGUGGGGAGUAAUGGGGUCUGUGGGGAGCGGAGGUCUGUGGAGAGUGGGGGCAGCCCCAAGGUGCUGCUCAGCAAAGACGGCAGCAUGAGGGUGGAGUUCACCAACAGCAGGGUCGUCCCUGUGGAGCCACAGGGGUUGACGGGCCUCCCCACCAUUACCUCCACGACCGCCGCCGCCCCAGUCGCCGAACCCUCCCUCCGCACCAGCAAGGGCAGCUCGCUCAGCUCGGACGGCUCCUGGUACGACUCGCCCUGGGGGGGCGGUGCCGAGCUGGCCGACAACGUGUUCGUCUGUGGGCAGAGCGUGGACAAUAGCAGCGGCUACACCACCUACUCCUCCACUCGCACAGAGGAGACCGCCACCAGCAGCAGCGGCUACAACACCUUCUUCUCAGCUCAGGUGGAGGACAUCUCACCUGGGUUUAACUCCACCCUCCUCUUCCCCACUGCAGAAACCAACGAGUUCACCUCCGCCGCCGGCUACAACACCUGCUCCUCCGGUCGGACGGAGGACAGCGGCAUUGGGGACUCUGUGAUCCUGCAGCCGGACCUGAGAGACUUCAGCCUGGUUUCCUCCCCUGCUGCGUCCCUGGACAGCGUUUACACCAGCCACCACACACUGCCCGCUUUCCCCCCGGCACCAGACACCACCCACCUGCAGCAGCAGCACAGGACCGCCUCCUCCUCCUCGGCGCUGCUGGAUGACGUCAUCCAGGAGGAGGAGGGCGCAGGUGGAGGUUUGGAGCAGCGUUACUCCUCCUUAACGUUGCCCUGCCGCAGGGCCGAGUGCGUUAGCGCCGCGCCCACUGCCGGGAACAACCGGAAAGACUUCCUGAAGAAUCGAAUCAGACGACUGAGCGACUGGACAGGAAGUCUGAGCAGGAAGAAGAGGAGGAUCCAGGAGCCUUAUGGCAGCGACACCAGUGAUGUUUUCAUCAACGGGCUGAACUCUGGCCUGGUCAGCUGCAGCGCCCCGUGGUCCUCCAACCCCCUCCAUGCUCUGAACCAGAACCAGUUCCCUCCGGUCCACUGUGGCUCCUCCAGGAGCCUGAACCAGAGCAGCGACGCCCAGCGGCAGAACAUCUACGAAAACUUCAUGCAAGAGCUGGAGACAGGCUGCAGCAGCGCCGCCGACCGGACCGAGCCGUCAGAGGGGGACGGAGAGGAGGAGGAGGAGGGGGAGGAAGAUGAAGGGGAGGAGGAGAUGGACGGGGGAAUGGAGCUGGGAGGAGGGGAGCAGCUGGACGUCCUGUUUGAGAAGGAGCAGGGUGUGGUGCGACGGGCCGGAUGGCUCUCCUUCAAAGCCCUCAUCACCGUCAACAAGGACGGGAAGCUGGAGCUGGUCGCCCGACGCAAGUGGAAACACUACUGGGUCACACUGAAAGGUUGCACUCUGCUGUUUUACGAGACGUACGGGAGGAGCGGCGGCGCCGAGCAGGAGCUCUCUCCUCGUUACGCCCUGCUGGCCGACGACAGCAUCGUCCAGGCCGUCCCCGAACAUCCCAAGAAGGAGCACGUCUUCUGUCUGAGCAACUCGUACGGAGACGUCUACCUGUUCCAGGCCACCAACCAGACAGACCUGGAGAACUGGGUGACAGCGAUCCACUCUGCGAGCGCCUCCCUGCUGGCAAAGCGUCAGGGGAAGGAGGACACGCUGCGUCUCCUGCGCUGCCAGAGCCGUUCACUGCUGCACAAGAUCGACAUGGACGGGAAGAUGAAGAAGAUGGCCGAGCUGCAGCUGUCCGUCAUCAAGGAGCAGAAGAACAGGAAGGCCGUGGAGAGCCAGAUCAAGCAGUGGGAGCAGAACCUGGAGAAACUGAACCUGGAUCUGUUCAGACUGAGGUGCUACCAGUCCAGUCUGCAGGGCAGCGAGCUCCCGAACCCCAAGAGCCUCCUUGCCGUCGCCAGCCGGCCCUCCAAGAGCAUGCUGGGACGCCUGGGAGUCUUCUCCGUGUCGUCCUUCCACGCCCUGGUGUGCAGUCGAGACGAGGUGACGUUGAGGCGUCGUUGUCGGACCCUGUCAGGAGGAAGCAGCAGGAGGAGAGGGCUGCCGUCCUCUCUGAAGGCUCUGGACAGGCUGAGCAGACGCAGCAGGGACUCCAGUCACUCCACGUCCCAGAGACUGGACUGUGUGUCCAAACAGAGGGAGGCGGCACCCCCUGCAGGACGUCCUGCUGCUGUACAGGUGUGUGAUGAGCAGCAGGUCUCGGUCCUCGGCGUUUUCUCUCUGAACAUCUUUCGACCUCACGCAGCAUCAGACUUUGGUUUCGCGGUGACGGGUCACGUGGACGGAGGCGGGAAAAGUCACGUCUACGUCAGCGAGGUCGACCCGCUGGGACUGUCAGCCAGAGAAGGCCUCAGGACUGGAGACGAGGUCCUGGCUGUGAACGGGGCCGCCCUGUCCGGACUGGACCUGGACCUGAUGCAGAGUCUCUUCAGCCACCAGAGGCUGCAGCUGCUGCUGAAGAGAGACGAGUCACCUGACCCCGAGGAGGAGCCUGCCGCCGCCGUCUGGCCCGAACCCGGGGAACCCGCAGACCCCUGUCAGCCCCCAGGCCUCCCGAACCUCCAGACCUGGACCACAGAUUAUCCGUCUCCAGGUGAAACUCCAGACGUCGUCCCUCCUCCUGUGUUUGACGACGUGUCGCUGAGGUCGCUGAGGUCGUCUGAGGACGGCGUGUCGACGGGACAGAACAUGGAGCAGGUGUACACUCUGUACCAGACCUUCCCAGAAGGCCGAGCAGCGGACGUCGACAUUCCCAAGAACCCCUACGGCAGAGAGGUCGGCCUGCAGCCGGCAAGCCCCGCCCACCUGAGCGUGUGUCAGCGUCUGCGUAAAGUCAUCCAGGAACUGGUUGACACCGAGAAAUCCUACGUCAAGGACCUGGUCUGUCUGUUCGACCUCUACCUGACUCCGCUGCAGAAAGAGACUUUCCUCAGUAAAGAAGAGAUGGAGGCGUUGUUCGGCAGUUUGCCUGAGAUGUUGGACUUCCAGAGAGUUUUCCUUCAGACUCUGGAGGAGAGAAUCGCCUCCUGUCCAAACUUCAGCGACCUGGAAACACCUGAACAGUUCAAGAAACUCCUCUUCUCUCUUGGAGGAUCUUUUCUUUAUUACGCCGACCACUUCAAACUCUACAGCGGCUUCUGUGCCAAUCACAUCAAAGUCCAGAAGGUUCUGGAGCGAGCAAAAACAGACAGAGCCUUUAAACAGUUCCUGGAGGCGAGGAAUCCAACCAAUCAGCACUCGUCUUCUCUGGAGUCGUACCUGAUCAAACCUGUCCAGAGAGUCCUGAAGUAUCCGCUGCUGCUCAGAGAACUGGUGUCUCUGACCAACCCCGAGAGCCCCGAACACACACACCUGACAGAGGCUCUGAGAGCGAUGGAGAAGGUGGCGAGUCACAUCAACGAGAUGCAGAAGAUCUACGAGGAUUACGGCUGCGUGUUCGACCAGUUAGCUGCAGAGCAGAGCGGACCUGAGCGACAGGUGACUGAUAUCUCCAUGGGAGAGUUUCUGGCUCAUUCGUCGGUGGUUUGGUUGAACCCUCUGCCCAGUCUGGGACGUCUGAGGAAAGAACCAGAGCUCACACUGUUUGUGUUUAAACGAGCUGUCAUCCUGGUUUAUCGUGAGAACAGCAAACUGAAGAAGAGGAUGACCAGCUCUCGCUCAGCUGAUCUGGACCCCUUCAGGUUCCGCUGGUUAAUCCCAGUGUCAGCGGUCCAGGUCAGACCGGCCAACAUCACAGGCUCAGAGAACCCGUGUGUGUGGGAGCUGGUUCACAGCAGGUCAGAGGUGGAGGGACGACCGGAGACGGUGUUUCAGCUCUGCAGCAGCGGUCUGGAGACGAAGGCCAGCGUCCUGCGAGCUCUGCGCUCCCUCCUCAGAGAGCGAGCGCCCGUCGGCUCCCUGAGGAGGAGCCGGCUGUCGACGACGGAGAGGAGCGGCUCCUGGAGGAGGAGGCAGCAGAGGAGUCGAGCCGACGCCCACAGGACCAAUCACCACCAGCCGGAGGAGAGCUGCAGACCUGACGGCAGGUCGGUCCUGGGAGACACCUGCUCUGAGCCUCUGCUGCCCAGCCACACCGCCUCUGACUCCUCAGGGAAGAGGACCAGACUCUGCUCUCUGACCAGCGAGCUGGAGGCUCAGCUGCAGAGACUCAACUUCACCGAGGAGGAGGAGGCCGAGCGAGGGGCGACGCCUACGAGCAACGACAAGAGACACAGCUCCAGUCUGAGGCGAAGCCCCAGAGGAGAAGCUGUGGAGCUGAGCAGUCUGCUGGAGAGAGACUUCAGUGUUCAGAGCAUGACCUCCAUGAUCAACGAAGACUGUUUCUACGACUCCAUGUUGGUCCAGACGGCGGCUGUUCCCACUCUGCAGGGCUGAAGACUGACACCUACCAAACUACUUCAACCAGGAUCACGUAGUUCAGAUGAGAUCUGAACAGUGUCUUUGAUACCUGAAGGUUCUCACACUUUCACAGGUGAUCAGAUGUUGACCAAUCACACUGAGGGAUUCAGAGCUGAACACUGAAACACUGUCACUGCUGGAGAGUCGUUGUGGACAAACUUCUCUUUCUUUGACCUCCUGAAGUCCUGAAGAAAACCUCUGGGAACUUUGAGAAUCCUGAAGCCACCGUCUGAUUGGCUGUGACCUCACCUGCUUCUGGAAACACACCUGUGUUUGCAAACAAACAUGUUCUCAUUCUACUUUAAUUCCAACUUCAACAGUUACAACAAACGGAUUGAGAAACUGAAACAGAGGUUUUCAGUUGAACAUCAAAAACCACCACCAUGUAAAGACACAAAACACAACAACAACAACAACAACAACAGGUUUUUAGAGGAAAAACUUGGGAUUUUGGGAAUUGAAUAAUUUGAUAUCACAGGAAAAACGUGUCAUUUUAAAAGAAGAGUUUUGAUAUUACAGGAUGUUUAUUGUAAUAUUUCAGAGCAGAGUCUCUGUGAUAAGAUAAACUCCUGCACAGGACUGAAGUGUCACAUGAGUAGAAAAUACUAAAAUAAGUUUUUUCUCAUUAAAAUCAUCAUCAUGACUCCAUCGUAUACAACAAACUAAACUUCCUUCAGCCGUCGUGUUUCAUCUACAAAGCAAAGCUAUGAAGAUCAAACUCAGACCUGAAGGAACCGACUGAAUCUUCUUUCAUCUCAGAGACAAACCACAAACCUCCACAACAUUUUCAGGAACAACAGGAAGACGGCAGCAGAUUUAAUGAGAUUUACUGAUGAGAGAAUUUCACUCUCUGGAUUUACAGGUUUUUAAAGGACCAAAGUCUCAGUCGUCAUCUUCAGUGACCUCCGAAACAUCUGGAGCUCAGUUUGUUUUAACACUACAGAUCCUGGAGUUUAAAUCCUGGCAGCUCUGUCUUUGAUGGAUCUCCAAAAACAUUUUGAUAUUUCUUGUACGUUCCUGAAGGCGUCGUUGUCGUGUUGAAGAAGCUGAAACCAGACGUUGUUUUCACCCUCAGCUGCCUGAACUCGUCUUUUCUGUUUCUGUUGUAAAUGUUUUUCUCUGUACAGUUUUUCAGUCGUAGUUUUCUGUCUAACAGAUAUUUUCUUUGUUCUCGACAAAAGCAGUUUGCAGUGAACAUCUGGAGCUGCUGGAUUUGGAUCAAAGCCUUUGUAAAUCUGCCAGGUUGAAUUAUUGUAUUUAUAUAUUUGGAUUGUUUUGUGUAUUUCAGUUUUGUGACUGAGGAGCUGUAGAGACAGUGUUUUCAUUUCAAAUGAACUGUUCAUGUUUUUUUUGUUGUUUUUUUUUUUUUGAGCUGUUAAAGUAUUUGGUAAUUUAUUUUCUUAAAUAUUUGUGUACAUCUUUUUAACGCUGUUCAAGUCCAAUAAAUGAAAAAAAAAAUAAUUUAAGAUUUACUGAUCUGAACUUUAACUUUUCUGUUUUUGUCUUGAUCUGUCAGUCAGGUAGAGUCAGAUGAUAGUUAGCCUAGCUUAGCAUAAAGACUGGUGGCUGAGGGAAACAGCUAGCCUGGAUAAAGGUGUGUUCUGAAAGCAAAGUGAAUUUAAACACCGGGCAGUUUGUGUAGUUGUUUGUUGAUUUACCCAGAGCAGGCGAUAACACAAACUGUUCAGAUGUUAGCUAACAACAGACUCAGAGUGACGUCGGCUUCAUUUUCCUCCUGUCCCUCUACUUCUUCCUCACGUCUCAGUGUGUUUAUCAGUAAACUGAGGCUACGUCUGCACUAACGUGUGGAUGGAUGGAGUUUUAGGGACUCGAAAACUGUUUUGUUCUUUUUGAACGCAGACACUGUUUUCUCUCAGUUUCUCAUGUUCUGUUCUUCUACAGGUUAGACUGAGUCUACAGGUCAGACUGAGUCUACAGGUCAGACUGAGUCUACAGUUGCUGCAGCAGGUUUAAUGUUUGUAGUCUGAGCUGAGCAGAGACUCAGUGAAGGAGUUGGUUUUUUUCUUUCCUGACAGAUUUACUGCGAUUGUUUGACGAUGUUUUUAUUUACGUCCGUCUGACUUCACUUCAGAGUCUCAGGAGGUUUUAAAUCUUCUGUUCUGGACACUGAGGAAAUGAACUGUUUAAAAAUGAAGAGUGUGAUGUUGAGUCACUGCAGCUCCUGUUGCCACAGUUACAGCUGUUUAUAGAAGAGAGAGAAAAUCCUUCAACACAACAGCCGAGUCUGCGUCUCUAUUUACUGAUGGAAAACAGGAAACACGCUGAGAAUUCAUUCUGACGAAUGAAGCUUGUUUUUAAAGACUUUAACUUCACACAGGACUCUGUUUAACUCCUGUCUGAUGAGCAUUUAAUCCGAAGUUGGAAGGAAAACUAGAAGAGACGAUUCGUCUUCUAAUGAUUAGAGCGUCAUGUUUUCAGGUCGUUCGUCCUGUUCUUCUGAUUGAGAUAUCUCUUUAACACCUUGAGGGAAUUUCUUGAAAUUCAGUUCAAAUGUUCACUUGGAUUAAAGGACGAACUCAUUCGAUUUUGGUGGCCAAAGGUCAAAGUUCAGAUCUGAUAAUUAUCAUGCACCUAACGACAUGUAGAAUAAAGCAGAACGUGCUCCUCCAGAUGUG